AUGGGUUCCAUCAGACCCGAAAUCGAAGAGUCGCGCAUGCAUGAAGGCGGGGACGGCGUAUUCGUGACUCAGGAAAAGGGAUCCCAGCAAAACUCGAUUCUGCCGACUUUGGAGAAACACCAUCCAACUCGCUAUGUACUAGGAUUAUUUCGAGUCGAUAGUGCCGGAGAGAGCGGCCGCUCGGGGAUUCACCCUGGCCAUUUCUUUCGUGUGGUUUUCAAAAGUGUCUGCACCACUUCAAUGUUGGUGAAUUACCUCUGGCCCUUCGUCCCUGUCGCGAUUGUGAUGCACUUUGCCCGACCCGACCUCCAUGUUUGGGUUUUUUCUCUCAACUAUAUCGCCAUGGUCCCAUCCGCAAAUGUCCUUGGCUUUGGAGGUGGAGAAUUGGCUAAAAAGCUGCCUAAAACCUUCGGCGUUCUACUGGAGACCGGAAUCAGUUGCUCGGUCGAACUGGUGCUGUUUAUGGUAUUGCUUCAUAAUGAUAAAAAGGGCGAGGGUAAUCUUAUUCCGGUCAUCCAAGCCGCUAUUCUUGGAUCUAUCCUCGCAAACCUUCUGCUUUGCUUGGGUACCUGUUUCUUUGUUGGCGGUCUUCGACGGAAUGAACAAGUCUUCCACGAGGCCGUCAGUGAGGUGGGUACAGGGCUGUUGUUGGUCGCCGGCUUUGGUCUGUUGAUUCCCAGCGCUUUUUACUCCGCCUUAAAGUCUGCCACCAAUACGGAGUUUACGCUGGCCAUGUUGGAGGAUUAUACCAUGCAGAUUAGUCGCGCAACAGCUGUGGUACUUCUCAUUGCAUUUAUAAUAUUUCUCAUUUUCAACUUGCACAGCCAUAACUCAAUGUUCGACGACAUCUUGGAGACAGAGGAGGCUCAAGACGAGGACAGACAUAAAGAGUUAAACAGGGCAAAGCUCACAUUUGCGGAAUCCUUGGUAGCAAUUGCAAUCUCUCUGGCAUGUGUCAGUUUAUCGGCGGUGUUCCUGGUGCAAGAGAUUGAACAUAUUGUGGCCCUGGGAGUCUCCGACAAUUUUCUGGGGCUAAUUCUAGUUCCACUUGUCGAGAAGGCGGCGGAGCACCUGACAGCGGUGGACGAAGCCUGGGACAAUCAGAUCAACUUUGCCCUUUUCCAUUGCAUGGCUCCCUCUAUCCAAACAGCUCUUCUGAAUGCGCCACUGGCAGUUAUCGUGGGUUGGAUCCUAGGUAAAGACAUGAGCCUCAACUUUGAGAUCUUCAUGGUUGUUCUCUUAGUAUUGUCGAUCUUGGUCGUUGGCAACUUUCUACGAGAUGGCAAAUCAAACUACUUGGAGGGGGCCCUUUGUGUGUUGAUCUACGUGAUUAUUGCUGUCACUACUUGGUAUUAUCCCAAAGUUGACGUGACCUCGACCAAUCAAGCAUAG